CCAAGUCAUUCAUCCUAUCCCUCACAGCAAUCCGACGACAUCUUUGUGAGCAAGCAAACAACGUCCAACAAUGGCUGACAUCAAGCAGGGGCCUUGGGGUGGACCAAAAGGGAAUUCAUUCGACACGGGGAUUCUCGCCAAGUUAUUGGGCUUCAAAGUCUGGCAUGAUGAUGAUUACAUUAAUGGCAUUCGGUUCUUUUACGAGAAGCAGACACAACAUAUUUGGACUCCAGUGUAUGGUAGUCAAGUCGGACAGGUUGUUGAGGUUACUUUGGGAGCUGAUGAAUUGUUCACCGGCAUUCAAGGCACAUUGGAUUGGAAAGGAGGCAAAUAUGUUGCUCGAUCUCUUAUUUUGUUCACCAAUACUAGCCAGUAUGGACCGUAUGGUAAAGAGCAAGGAAGUACUUUCCUUCUGAAAUCAACUGGUAACAUUGUUGGCUUCUUUGGGCUGGAAGACGAUCAAGCCAUUAAUGCAAUUGGAAUCUACACUAAAGUCUAGUUCCGUUCUCUCACGUAUGCCCUUCUACGGGUUUAUUACAUGAUGUUUCUAAAUAAAUAAAUAAGGAUGCCAUUGGUGUGCUGGGGUAUCCAUUGUGUCUUUAUGUGUGUCUAUGUUCGGUUUGUUGUCAGUUAAAAAAAAAAAAAAAAAAAGUCUGUCACCUUUUGUUUAUGAAAUAAAGAAUAGCAUGCAUGCUAUUCACUUGUACGUGUUACCGUCGUAUUAUAAAUAAUAAAUAAAUAGUAAUAUAGUGUGUUGUACUAUAUGAA